GAUCAGCUGACGGCCGUCCUCGCUGGAGAGUCCGGGGAGGAUUAGUCCCUUUGUGAGAGUGAGAGGGGGAAGCCGCAGCGCCGUCCGGAGUGCCACUGACCUCGUGAAACGCCCAGGAGGACUUGCGGGAAGGCUUCAGCGAAGAAGAAGAAGAGGAAGAGGGAAGAGAAAGAAAGAGGGAGAAGAUGAAGUGGUUUAUGGUACUGGUGGUCAGCCUUCUUGCGGCAGGAGCGGGUGGAAAGCAGCUGGAUGUUGAAGAUGCAUCAACUGUUUUAACGAAACAGAACAUUAACAGCCCAGAUGAUGUGCAGCAGGUUGUAGACUUUAAGGAAAACUGUCGUAAGAAUGUUGGAGAAGAUGCUGUCAAAGCUAUCGAGAAAUCUCAGGAGGACCUCUUCCCUUGCUUCUCGAGCAUAAUCAAAAUGGACAAGCUCAGGCACGAGAUCAAUCGCAGUAUCCCACGUGGAGAGCUGGAUCUCGUCUUCAAGAAGUAUUGCGGGCGGAGAGAGAGCUUAAUGGCCUGCGUUGAGGAUAUGUUCACCAGCUUAGAGAAAUGCAUGAACGAACAGGAACGAAAAGACCUUCAGGUUGUUCGAGAGGCCAUCGAUGCAGGGAUUGAUUUCGUGUGCCACAAGGAUGGCGACAGGAUUGCCCUGUUCAUGGCAGAGGAAGGCGAAGAAUGUCUCGUCAGCCAGAAAGACAACAUUAGGGAAUGUGUGGAAGAGAAAGUUCCGGAGAUAAAAGACGCAGAAGAAGACAUGGGCUUAUUAUCCCCGCAGACUUUCACGAUAAACGAGGCAAACUGCAAGAAAUUAAACGCCAUGCACCAGUGUGUUGUGAAGCACACCGAGAAAUGCGAAGACCCCACACCAGCCAAUAUCCUGGACUCCCUCAUAAUCCAAGUGCUAAAGGUGACACCAUGUUGGCAGACAAGUGGAGCGGAAACCGUAGCUUCGCAGUCGCAGUACCUCCUCUCGGACACACUCACGCUCAUGGCCGCAGCACUCACCGCAGCCAACAUCCUGCUCUAAGGCGGACGGAACGAGUACAGUCGAGUGAGAUGGAAUCGAUGCUUUAUCCUGGAUACAAAUUUCCCCUCCAAACUUCACAAGACUGUGGGCAACUCGUAAAUGACAUACAUAAAAGGAAUUAGUGAUGUACUUAGUCCUGUUAAUUACAGUUUUGAGUUACUGUAGAGAUUGCCGAGGCUGUGAUCACCAUAUGUAGGAAGAUAUUUUUCUUUGGAGAGUGAAUCCCCAUAGGCAGAAUUAUUUACGUAUUUAUCAUUGUGAUUAUUAUUAUUAUAAGUAGUAAUUCUAUUUGAUUUUAUUCUGAUUACUUUAUAGGGAAUAUAAAUGUAAAGUCAUUUAUAAUGGAAACUAGUGUAUGUAUAUGAGUAUUUGUCUUUUUUUAUUUUUUUUUAUUUGUAUAAAGGAUUAUAUAAAUAUAUAUAUGUG